UGCUGAUGGGGACAUCGGAACCGGGGGGAGCGCUCAGGAGGAGAGUGCCGGAGGCGACUCCGGGACCGGAGGGAGCGUCGGAGUUGAGGCGCAAGCUGGGGCCGCGGGAGGCAGCGACGCGGGGGGAGCGGGCAUCCAGACGGACGUGCAAGGCGAGGCCGCCGGAGGGAGCGACGGACAGGACAUGGCUGGUGGUGGGCAAGGAGGAGGGUCAGCCGAGGAAGCGGGCGACGAAGGCGAAGAAGGGGAGGGUGAGAAGGCCGGCACUGGGAAGCGGUCAGUGGACAGCAUGCUUGCCGACGCGAAAAACAAGGCGAAGGGAAUGCUGGAUGGUCUCAAGGGCAAGAUGAAGGAGCAGAUGGAUAAGUUCAAGGCAACGAUGUCGAAUUGGUCGGACAAAAUGAAGAACUCCUUCUCAAGCCUGAAGCAGAGUAUCAAGGACAAGAUCAAUGGGGGUAACGUGACGGCUCUGACGGACGCGGAGAUUGAUGAGCUGUCUCUGGACAACAUGCGUACGCUAGCGGCGGGGAGUCGGCUGGAGGUGAUGACUCCUUCGCAAAAGGCCAAGUUCUUUGCACGCUUCAAGGCGGGGAAAGACUCGCGAAGCAUGCAGAAAGUGUUGGACAGAAUGGAAUUCGACACAAGAAGCCAGUUGCUAGACAAGUUCAACGAGGUCAACGCCGAGCUGGGCAACGACGAGGCGGCAAAGAAAAUGCUGGCGAUGUCAGUGAUGGAUAGGCUUGGCGACGCGCGCAAUUGGUCACUCGCGGAGGUCAACAAGAUGAAGACGGUCAAGGUCUUUUCCCGCAUCCCACCUGCCAAGCUAAUGAGAAUCAACAACACCGCAAUCCUCAACACGAUAUCAAAGCCCUCCAAAUCCCAGCUUUAUGCCAUGCAGCCCGGAAUGCGGAAGAAUUGGGCGGCUCUGAUCGCGCACAUCGAGAACGCAUCACUGCCGAGCAAGGACUGGACAUCCAGCAAGAUCCAGUCGCUGCAGCACGUGCUGGGCAGCAUGCCUUUGGACAUGCUGAAGAUGCUGCGGGACGCCCCGCUGGCGCAGGCGUUCAGCUCUGCCCCUGCCUCGGAUACGGAGACGGCUGCAGAGGCUGAGAUGUAUGACCCUGCCCAAGCCAAAGUGCUCCUGGAUAAGCUUGUUAGCGAGUUCAAAAGGACAACGACCACGCCCAGUCCGGCAGCAGUCAAGACAUUCGUUACCAGGCUGGGUCCCCUGGGCAAGUUCUUGAACACCAAUGAGAUGAUAGACAUGGUGGACUCCACAAUGCGGGACCGCACCAACGAGAUCGCCACCAUGCUGCGCGACACCAUUGGGAAGAAGUCGGCGCCACUCGGGCAACGCUGUGACGUCUUCAAGCGGACCCAGAGGGGUGUCAACUUGACAGAGCUAAUUAAGAGUGACGUCAACAAGAUAGUCAACGACGGUAUGCUGAGCUGCGUGCCCGACAUGUACCUGAAAAACUGGGCGGAAGACUCGAAGCUCACGUUCACCCAGCUGGCGCAGUCCAACUCCAUGCUGACCUCGGGCAAGAUCAAUGUCAUGGCUCAAGCGGCGGUGAAGCAGUCCCAGUUCCAGAAGACCACGGGCGAGGUCGACAUGCAGAAGCUGCCUGGUCGUCUGAUGGGAGCUGUUCCCAGCAGCGCCAUCACGAAGGCCAGCUGGAGUGAACUCUCCGGGCUUAAGCCCAAAAUCAGGGCAGGAGAAAUCAUGUUUGACAGGUCUCAGAAAGCGCGGUUCGUGCGUAAGGGCCUGGGCGGUGAGACAACCGAGGCGUUCGUCACGGCCAAUCUCGACCCUGCUUACUACGAGCUGAUUCCAGUCGAGGAAAUGAAGAAGCUGUCCUCGGCUUCGAAAAAGAAUGCGGCGAUGUACUCGGGACCGAACUCCCAUCUGCGGAUCAUCAGCGCCGAGGCGCCCUCACCGGUCAUACCGACAGCCAUCACCAAGGAAAAUGUGGAAGACCUUCUGCAGCCGGGGAUGCCAUUCUUCGACGCCGAAAAGCUGGCCAGCAGCAUCUCUUCGGAGAACGCCCAGUCGACAAUAGAAAAGCUGCAACAGGUCCUUGAAGCCAACGAAGAAGACCAGCUGGGCCUGGAAGGGCCAUCGCGCAGAACGUGCGCUGCUCUCAAGACCAGACUGGCCAACUACACGCAGAUGUUGAGCGCCGAUGCCGACAACGACACCUCAAUCCUGAGCGCGCUGACGGAGUCCGACCUGCUUCGGCUGCCUGGAUGCGUUCUCGGCCGGCUCCGAGCUGGCACCGUGAAGGACAAGGCGAAUAUGAAGCAAAAGAAGGCGAUCCUCUACAGCCUGGGGAAAACCAAGCCCCUCCAACUGAAGCUGAUUCCGAAAAAAAAAUUGCCACGGGCUCGUACGCGAGGGACUGAAAGCGAUGAAACCCACCGGCAAUCUCACGCUGGACGAAGUGGAGGCGGUCGGCAACGCUGGGGCCUGCUUGGAUCCCGAUGGCAUUAGACGGCUGGACAGAGCCGCCUUCGAAGUCAUGCUCCCAAAAUUCAAGGGGGAGUGCGUCGAUAAGGGUCAGAUGGACGCGAUCCAGAGUCAAAUCAUUCGCUUCAACGG